CUCACUUCUCCUAAUUCCUAAAUCCUAAUCUCCUCUGCUCAUUGGGCGCUGCGCUGUUGCUACGCCUGCUGCUCCGAUGCUGGUGGGGCGGUGACCGGACAGGGCUCCGACGGACCUCAGGCGAACCUCACCAAACCCUCAAGGUGCAACAAAUGGAUGUCUGCUUCAUGCUUUGCCUAAUUUAAACAAGUUGUUGACGAGUUUAUUGAACAAUGCUGGUGAAACGUGCAUUUUGGAGCUACGUUACCACUUCCUGCGGCUUCUCUUCGUGGGCAGCUACCAAUUUGCUUAAAUGCGGGGAUGUUGUGAAGCAAGCUCGGGUGUUUACGGAAGCAGAUGUUGUUGAAUACUCGAAGCUGAGCCAUGAUACCAACCCCUUGCAUUUUGACUCAGAAUGUGCCAAGCUUGCUGGAUUUAGGGACAGGCUUGUUCCUGGAAUGCUGGUCGCUUCCUUAUUCCCAAGAACCAUCGCUUCAAAUUUUCCGGGAGCUGUAUAUGUUUCGCAAACGUUGCACUUCAAGUUGCCGGUGUACAUUGGAGAGGAGAUAGUUGGUGAAUUAUGUGCAACAAAUAUCAAGGAUCUGAAAACGAAACAUGUGGCCAAAUUUUCCACAAAAUGCUUCAAACGUGAUGGCGGGCUUGUUAUCGAUGGCGAGGCCGCAGCCAUCCUAAUUUCUCAUCUGUCUCUUCAAGCUUGUCCUUAAUUGUAGGAACAUGAGUUGAUAUAUGAACUAAUGGAGCACCAUCACCAGGGACAAUAUCCUCAAUAGCAGCAAAAUGUGAAUAUUAUGUGGUAAAAUCAGAAGGAAAUUUUUUUAUUUUA